AUGUAUCUAUACUUGGUCCUGAUCUACAUCACAUUGCUAUCCCUAGCACAGGGUGGCGUAAUCUUUGAUAGCCAUAACGAGAUUCUUGAUCUACACAACACAUUGCGAAAAAAGCACAAUUCCCCAGAACUGAAAUGGAGUAUUAAACUUGCCAUUGAAUCAAGAUCUUUCGUAGAUAGAUGUGAUUUCUACAAGAUAGUAAAUCACAAAAACUCAACCAACAAUAUUGCUCAAGGAUAUGCCAAUUGGAACGAUGCAAUCUUGGGCUGGUACAGUGGGCAUAGAUAUUACAACAAGCCCAAAUACACCAAUAAGGCAGGCCCUUUCAUUGCCAUGAUUUGGAAAUCAUCCACCCAUGUUGGUUGUGCCUCCUUUGAUUGCGGUAAAGAUGUAGGCCGACUGUAUCAGUGCGAAUACUCUCCUAGUAUUCCUGUCGAAUUAGUGUUUGACAAUGAAGAAUACAUUGAUAACAUUGAUGAAUAA